AUGAGAGUUAUUGCUGCCCUCCUCGUUAUUGCACUUGUCUGCCAAAGUGCUAUGGCUGUUACUUCCAAGUCCCAAGUCAAGUUGAUGAUGGAAAAGAUCAACUCUAAGAUGGAGAAAUCCCCCCUUGGUCGUGCCUUAAAGGGUAUGGUCACCAUUGCCACCAAGCUCGGUUAUGACUACUAAGAUCUCUAUGAUGCCUUCGCUGCCCUCAAGAAUUAAUUAUUAAACAGCCUUGAUAACGAAAAUUCCUUAUUCGAAGAAUAAACCGCUUGUCAUGAGAAUUUUAUUGCUCAAUUCAACGCUUUAAUCAGCAACUACACUAGUCAAAUUAAUGAUACUGAAGCUUAAUUAAACUACCUCAACGACUCCUUGAACACCUAUGAACAAAACUUAAAGGAUGCUCAACAAGCUCUCUAAGACAACACUGAUGCUCUCAAUGCUGCCGAAGAAGCUCUUGCCCAAGCUGAAGUUCUUUACCAUUAUGCCACCGCUGAAUACAGCAAUGCUGACUAAGUUAUCGGAGUCGCUAUUGAAAAACUCCAAGAAGCUUAAUCUCACUACGACAAUGCUGACCUCGGAUCUUUCUCCUUCGUUUAAAUCAAGAACACCUUCGUUUCUUUCGCUUAAAAGAUUACUGAAGCCACCAAGGGAAUGAAUGCCAAGCACUAACUCUUCGUCAAACCUGUUGUCUAAGCUAUGAUGUAAGUUAAGAACAACACCAGUUAAACCUCAAUCUAAACUGCUAUCAAGGCCCUCUAAGACUUACAAGCUUACUUCCAAAAGACCUUCACUGAUCUUACCAACGAAUACGUUAUCUUCACCUAAAAUGUCUAAUCCACCAUUGAUGGUCUCAACUAACUUAUAGAUAUCUUAUAAAACUAAACCAUCCCUGGAUAUGAAAGUCAAAUCAGCUAAAUACAAGCUUAAAUCUAAUAAUUUGAAGAUGCUCUCUCUCUUGCCUAACAAAACUUAAAAUAAGCUUAAGACUAUAUUUCUGCUGAAUAUGAAAUAUUUGCAAUAGUUCAAGCUAGACACUAAGCUCUCGUUGACAGAAUCAACUCCGAAUAUGACCUCGUUACCCAAGCUGACAGAAUCGUUAGAAACGCUCAAGCUUAAGUUAACUACUCUAACUGA